GAUCGUGCUCCCCAACCGCCACCGCGUCCUCGGGGCGCCAUGAGGGGCCCGCUCGGUGCCGGGCUACUGCUGCUGCUGCUGCCGCCGCUGCUCACGCCGCCCACCGUGGAAGCUGCGGUCAUCACCGGGGCUUGUGACAAGGACUCACAGUGUGGAGGAGGCAUGUGCUGUGCUGUCAGUAUCUGGGUUAAGAGCAUACGGAUCUGCACACCUAUGGGCCAAGUGGGAGACACUUGCCACCCACUGACUCGGAAAGUUCCAUUUUCGGGGAGGAGGAUGCACCACACUUGCCCCUGCCUACCAGGCUUGGACUGUUUACGGACUUCUUUUAACCGGUUUAUUUGUUUAGCCAGAAAGUAAUCACCUCGAAGUCGGAACUCGAAAUGUGAACCACCGUACUCGUCAGGUCUCACUUGUGAUUGUGUCAAAGAAUAUGCCAGAAAGAAAGAAAUGC